UAUCGCAGAGCCAUUUGGCUCCCGCGCCAACCCAACUGGCAAGGUGGGCUGGGGACAGGCAGGGCAGUUGGGACCCGGCUCCUCCAGGCAGGUCCAGGCUGGAGCUGCCAGUGGCUCUUGAGGUGGCCCUUCAGCACUUCAUUCCUCCCUGCUUCACAACCCCAAAGACUCACACACACAUUCUACAGAGAAUGAGUUAUAAACCUCUGACCAAAGAUGAAAUUUCCUAAUGAUCAAAUGUAAAAGAACAGAAAUUUAUCCAGUUUGGUUCUUGUGUUUCUAUACCUCAAACUCACUGCACUAACGGACACCAGAAAUGGGCAUGCAUUUCUGAUCAAAGCUGCUUGCUCUUGAAGCACUGCUGACUUUCAUGGAAGAUUUGAAUUGGUGACUUGGUAUGGAUUAAUAUGGAUUUUAGUCUACUUAUCUGUGUGCCAGAGACAUGUUACUGAUGUGCAGGUGAACAGCAACUGUGUACUGGCAGAGAAUACUAAUUAGACCUCCUGUCUGACUCUCAGAACACAAGGCUCAGUACUGCAGAAACCUUUUACCCAUCUCUUCCGGGCAUGGGGACAACAUGUCUUCACCCAGGAAGGAUCUAGCAGAGUCUGGAAAAGAUCCAAAGGGAGAGGACUCUGAUAUGAAAAACCCGAAUCCCUGUUCGCUUUCAUUAUGUCAUGACGACUUGCCUUCAUCAAGUCAGAAAAUGGCACCUAGAUCAGUGAAUUGUGAGGUAUGGAAAUUACUUCUGAAAGGGAGCUAGCUCAGUUGGCUCUUGUUCAACCAAUAGUAGUCAGUAAUCAUGAACAGUCAACCUUCCAAGAUUAUUUUAAAAUGCUUGAGAAAAAACUAUCAGAAAAUGAAAUCAUCCAGGAAUUUAUGGCUUUGGAAUUUAAGAAUCUGCAUGCUGUGUUCCACUCUGGGAAUGAACUACAAAACAGAGAAAAAAACAGAUAUCGAGAUAUUCUUCCAUAUGAUUCAACACGUGUUCCUCUUGGAGAAAACAAGGACUACAUUAAUGCUAGUUAUAUUAAAAUAGUCAAUUCUGAACAAGAGUAUUAUUAUAUUGCUACCCAAGGACCACUGCCAGGUACCACAGAUGACUUUUGGCAAAUGGUUUUGGAAAAUAACUCUAAUGUUAUUGUCAUGAUAACCAGAGAGGUAGAAGGUGGAGUCAGCAAAUGCCACCAUUAUUGGCCCGUUUCUAUGAAGAAGCCUUUGGAAUUGAAAAGCUGUCGUAUCUUCCUGGAAAACUACCAGAUACUUCAAUAUUUCGUCAUUCGAAUAUUUCAAGUUGUCAGGAAGUCUACAGGAAUUAGUCACUUUGUAAAACACUUGCAGUUCACCAAAUGGCCAGAUCAUGGCACUCCUGCCUCAGCAGAAGAUUUUAUAAAGUACGUUCGUUAUGUGAGGAAGAGCCACCUUACAGGACCCCUCAUUGUUCACUGCAGUGCUGGUGUGGGCCGGACAGGGGUGUUCUUAUGUGUGGAUGUUGUGUUCUGUGCCAUUGAAAAGAGCUUUUCAUUCAACAUCAUGAAUAUAGUGGGCCAAAUGAGACAACAACGUUGUGGAAUGAUCCAAACAAAGGAGCAGUAUAUCUUUUGUUAUAAAAUUGUACUUGAAGUUCUUCAGAAGCUUCUGACUUGAAAGAAAGAAAGAUUUCUGUUGCCUCACACUUGAAAUUACCAAGUAGCUUGGAGCCUCCUCAUAAAGAACCUGUUGGAGCUGUGCUGAAGGGCUUUGCUCAUGCAAAUGUACUUUCUUGGUGCAUCAUUUGACUUUCUUUCUGACAACUCCCUGAAGGCAGCAUCAUUUGGUUGGGGUGAAGGGUGUUUACCCACUGAUCUUACUUAGGUAUUAUCAGGUACCCUCCUACAUUUUUCAAUGAAAUGAAAGUUACCUAAAACAACUGCAGCCUGUUUGGUUUGAAGGGAAUUUCAGAGCGCAAUAAAGGGCUUAAACUAUAUUAUUUAUGAUUUUAUUUGAAAACACAGCUAGCAGGAGCUGAGGAUUUUCAGGAUCACAAGGUCACAGGAUCACAUCAUGACCUCUUACAGGCAUAUUCAAGAUAGAUACUUACCUACAUUUUUUAGCUAGAGGCUGUACUUUUAGGUGGUAUUUGAAUAAUUUAGGUUACUGAAGAAUCCAAUUAGGACGAAUUAACUUUCUACUCAAGUUGGAUUCCAUUUUCCUAUACUUUCACACUCCUGUGGAGCCCCAGGAGCCUCAGAAGCUGCCUUUCUAGAGCAGCUGGACAAGGACCUGUUGGUCUGGGAAGCAUUUUCAUGGGUGGGUAGAGUUCCUCCUCUCAUAUGAGCACACUGGUGAAAGGUCCAAAACUAAACUAGAUGUUUAUAUAGAAAGCCCAAGAGGAAAUUUUUGCCCGUCUUGAGUUCUUUCCUAUCCCACCCUAACACUUAACAUAUUACUCAGUCUGCUUUGUUAAAAGCAAAUACUACACUUUGUCUCUUGCUCUCUGCCCUUUAGCUAACCAAUAAUCUUUGAUGUAAGCAUUAUUACUUACUUCUGAGUAUCUCUUAUGCCAGAUAUAUUUUUCAAACUAAAAUCUAUGAUAAUUAUUUUUUUCUUCAGAAUUCCAUUAAAUCAUUCCUUUCCAUUACUGCCCUACCUCUGCUGUAACAUUUAGAAGUUGGCUUUGGGAACCACAUUUUGGAAAACCAAAUUCAUAGUUGUGAAAAUGAAAACUUCCAUAUUCUGUUUUUGAAAGUAUGUGGCCAUUAUUAUAUUCACCUUGAGGACUUUGCCUCAUAUGCUUACAUGAUAUUUUGGUCAAGGAAUUUUAAUGACUAGUUGUACUUAUUAUAAACUAUGAAGUGAGUGAUACAUAUCUUUGUAUGAUGUAGUUCAGUGGAGAUCAGAAUAUCUAUGCAUUAUAUUGAGAAAGUUUCUGAUAUUAAUCUGUCAAUCUUGAAUUUUUAAGAGGCUUAUUUUGCCCCCUUGGCUGAAUGAAUACUUGAAUUGGUUGCAUUAAAAUAGAUAAUUCUCAUUUUUAAAAUAAUAAUACUCCAGAAAUGUACUUUAUAUUAAACGGAAUUGAUGAUUUACCCAUUUACAUUGUUUGUAUAAAUAAUAGUCUAUGCUAAAUGUUCAUUUAAUUCUGAUAACUGGAUUUUAAUAUUUAUAUCACUAAUUUUAGUUUACAUUAUUAUAAAAAAUAGAUAUAAUAGUAAUAUUUCUGAGAGGGAUUCUAUGCUCUGAUUUAAAUUAAAAGAUUUACCGUGUAUUGCCUGAAGUAUUUUUAUUAUUUGGGUCUCGAAAUGUUAUUGUAAAGAAAAUUCCACAAUUCUUUGUGAUAAACAUGUCUUUUCUUUAUGCCUCAUAUUUUUAUAGCUGGACUAAUUUUUUAAUUUUUCACAGAAAUUAAGUAAAUAUGGAAUACUGAUUGUUCUUGUUUUUAUUUCAUUUUUGGAAAGCGAAUUCCAAAUUUAAAAUUUUUGACUAAUUGAAAUAUUAAGUUUCACACUGAAAAUACAUCAGUUUUUGCCUAGGAUAUAAAUAUGAAACUUCCACUGACACCUUUAGGAGUAUAUGAAUGCUUAUCAAGGGAAAAUUUUUGAAUAUUUAAAUAGAAACAUCUAUGCAUAUGUUAACUUUCAACUUUAAAUAUGUAUUUUUAAAGUUGUAUGUGCUUGAUGAACUUAUAUGUUGGACCCAAACUUUUAGAAAUAAGCACUGUAGGUUUUAUUCUCAUGUAAGUCUUAGUAAUUUAUUUUGCUUUAGACCUUUCAUUCCCAAUCUGUCUAGGAUACUAUUGAAUUUUCAGUUAAGUUUACAAUUGUUACUCAGAGGUCAUUUCAAUGAUUUAUUUUUAUUGAAAAUCUCAAAGAAAAAUACCUUAAAUAACUCUAAAGCAAGUAUCAUUUCCUAGUUAAUUUUUCUUAAUCUUUGGGAAGAAUUAAUUUUCCUCCGUAUUGUCUUGAGCUUCAAGUAAUUGAACCAGAAGACUGAACAUUCACUAAGUAAAAACAGGUCAAGGGUAUUCAGUGCAGAUAAUGGAUUGCUCAGUGGAAUACUCAGUCUGUCCACAACCACAAUGUAAAAACAGUAACUAAAGACCUCAUAAUGAAACAAAUUGAAUUAAGAGAAACCUUAAAAGAGAUCUAAUGCAGCUGUCAUAUCUAAAACUUGAACAUUUUUUAGACAAUAAUAGCAAGAUAUUUGGAAUUGAAAAAAAUAAGAGUUCCCGUCAUGGCUCAGUGGAAACAAAUCAGACUAGGAUCCUUGAGUACAUAGGUUCGAU